AUGGCCGAAAAACACUCUGGCGAAACGGCACCACCCUCGAAAGCCGGACUCCUGGUCCAAGAUGGUCCUGCUUCAUCGCUCGAAAGCGGUGUGGCAGAGCCGUCCGUCCAUCUCGGCAAAGGAGAGCUGGAAGUCAUUCGCAUUCGUGAGGGGAAUGUGGUCCUGCGAAAGCUUCGUGGGGCUGAAGAGUGGAUGGACAAGAAGCUGCAUGUCGAGGGUACGGGUGCGCAGAGGAUUCUCGAGAGCGAGCGCCACCCUCCUCGUCUUGCCAAUAUGAUCUUCUUUUGGCUUUCAAUGCUCACGUCCCCGUCGUAUGUCAGUAUGGGCAUUUUAGGUCCCAGGUUUGGCCUCUCCGUCAACGAGUCAAUCUGGGUGACAGUGCUGGCCGUUGCGUUUGGGUCCAUCAUCCCAGCAUUCACCGCCACGCUGUGCCCGCAGUUGGGUCUCAGGCAGAUCGCUGCCUCACGUUUCGCCUUCGGCAUCUGGGGCUCCAAGUUCUGCGGGUUCCUCAACAUCAUUGUCAACAUCGGCUUUGGCACCAUCAACUGUAUCAUUGCCGGCCAGCUGUUGCGCGGUGUCAGUGGGGACACUCUCAGCGACGCUGUCGGGAUCAUCAUCGUCCUUCUGGGCUCCUAUGUCAUCUCCUUCUUCGGCUUCCGUGUCAUCCACAUGUACGAGUCGGUCGCCUGGAUUUUGAUCUUUGUGCUUAUCUGUGUCCAAUAUGGCCAAGCUGCCAGAUACUACUCACCCACACCAGGCCUGUCGUAUGUGAGCGCACUGGACAGAAGUGGAGCCGCUCUUUCAUACUUUGCCAUCCUCUUUGGUUCCUCGGCCGCCUGGUGCAGCAUGUCGGGCGACUACUACGUCCACUACCCGCCCAAGACCAACAAAUGGCUACUCUUCGGACUGACCUGGAUUGGCUUGACCCUUCCAACCGCAUUCAUUGCCAUUCUCGGAAACCUAUAUGGGGGCAUGGUCAAUACCAACUCAGAGCUGAGUACCGUCUACAAAACCGGCGGCCUCGGCGGAUUGAUGAUGGCAACGAUGCGUCCUCUGGGCUACUCCAGAUUCGUGGCCGUAAUGUACGCUCUGUCCUUCAUGGGCAACGAGAUCGCCAUCCUCUACUCGUCUUCGCUGUCGAUCCAACUAUGGGGCCGUCAUUUCAUGGCCGUGCCGCGUUUCGUCUGGAAUACCCUCCUUGCAGCCAUCAGUCUGGGCCUCGGCUGGGGUGGCCGACAUUCGCUCGAGAGCAUCAUCAGCAAUUUCCUUUCUCUGCUGGGGUACUGGACCAUUUGCUUUGGAGUCGUUCUGGCCAUCGAAGCGUUCUGGUUCCGCCCUCGGCUCGGUGGCUACGACAUUGAAGGCUGGCAGGACCAGAGCCGCAUGCCCUUGGGUCUGGCAGGCUGUGUCACGCUGGCGAUUGCCAUUGGGAUAAGUUUUCUAGGCAUGGACCAAACUUGGUUCAUCGGCCCAGUUGCAAAACCGAUUGGAUCGUCUGGAGGAGAUGUCGGAAAUUACUUUGUCUUGGUGGUCGUCCUUUUCAGCUAUCCUGUCCUUCGACAUCUGGAGAUCAAGCAUUUCGGCCGUUAA